AUGGAUGCAGAUCACUUAAUUGACUUAACUCCCUUACGGCCACGGAGACCCUCAACAGAAGAGCGUGAUGAUCAUACCAUGGAUCUACAGAAUAACAACGAUGAAACAUUUAGUACGCCUGUAUUUUCUGCGUCUACAUAUCCCCAUCGUCGGGAGGAUUUGUCUUACAUAUGGGGUACAAACAUUGCUCUUGAGGAGUUCAAAGAGGAUUUUCGGCGUUAUUUGGAAACUUUUGAGCUUCCAGGGCUUAUGAAAUCCCCAAUCGACUCAUAUCACUUUAUUAGAAGAAAUACUGUUACUGAGCCAGACAAUAACCGAACCCUGUUUUCCACUUUGGGUGGUGGCAGUUCAGCUCAUACGGCGAGUGUAGAGGGCUGUGGUACGGGGGAGCGGUACUACUUAAGGGAGAUGCUCUCUAUGCAUUUACGGGGUCGAAACACGCUUGAAAUUGACCUUACUUGGUUGCAGCAGGCUGCUCCAGUAUUAUACCAACAGACAGUCAAUCACCCUACUGAAUGCCUACAGAUGAUGACGGCCGUUUCUGAGGAUCUUUACCGUGGGGUACUGGAACACUGCCAUGGGAUUAAGGUUGCAGAUGACUUUAUUCUGUACCUGGCCGCUAAAAGGAUGCCCACUCUCAUAACCAUCAAGCAGCUUUCUCCACAUCACAUCGAGCAGCUGUUAAGUAUCAAAGGAAUGGUAAUACGUGUCUCAAAAAUUAUUCCUGAGAUUCGAGUUGCUUGCUUUCAGUGCUGGCAGUGCCAUAACAUUGAGCGCAGUGUGAGUGGUGACAAAGGCCAAAUUUUUGAACCUACCCGUUGCAAUCACUGUGGACAAUCCUACUCGUUCAGAUUGCAGCAUAAUUUAUCAAUUUACGAGGAUAAGCAGCUGAUCAAACUGCAGGAAUCACCUGAACACGUCUCUGAUGCUGAGACACCGGUUUCUAUCUCCCUUGUCGUAUACAGUGGGCUUGUGGACUCUGUGGUACCCGGAGACCGCGUGGUAGUGACUGGUAUUUACCGAUCUACUCCCAUUCGUCUCAAUUCGAAUACUCGUAUCAUAAAGAGCAUUUUUUCUACACAUUUGGAUGCAAUACAUAUCGAGCUAUCACGCACGGCUUCUCUAGGUAGUGGACCUAGUAGUAGUGGAGGGGAGCUUCGACCAAAAUCAUGCACAAUGGUAUCCAGUUCGUCGGAGGGUAUCGUUAGAGGAGGUGUAUGUGAUUCCAAACGUAACUCCAGUUUUUCCGACAUGGACUCGAAAGAUACGGCUCGCUUAGAUAUGUUUCACCUACUGGCGCAUCGUCCUGACAUUCAUGAUAUUCUCAUUCGUUCUUUCGCCCCAAGUAUUUGGGGUCAUGAAGAUGUCAAACGAGGUAUAUUGGCUCAACUCUUCGGUGGCACUCCCAAGAAUUUUGUUUUUAAUUGCCGUCCAGAAAACGUUCAAACUGAUAGGGACAGCAAAAGUGUUGCCCAUCUUUCUGAUCCUGGUCCAUCUCAGUCAGGUGCCGUCUCUAACAACCGUGCCAAUUUUCGAUCAUCUCUUAAUGUCAUCUUGUGUGGGGACCCCGGUGUAGCUAAAUCUCAACUUCUCACACAAGUACACGAAAUUGCUCCGAGAGGGGUAUAUACCUCAGGUAAAGGCAGUAGCAGUGUUGGUCUGACCGCUUUUGUAGUACAAGAUCACGACACGGGAGAGCAUGUUCUUGAACCAGGUGCUCUAGUUCUGUCUGACCAAGGCCUUUGUUGUAUCGAUGAGCUUGACAAAAUGAACGAGGCCACACGCUCUGUACUCCACGAGGUCAUGGAGCAGCAAACGCUGUCUGUCGCUAAAGCUGGAAUUAUAGCCCAAUUAAAUGCUCGCACGUCAAUUCUAGCUGCCGCAAACCCAAAGGAAUCCCAAUGGAAUCCGAACCUCAAUGUUGUUGAGAACCUGCAGAUCGAGCCAACCUUAUUAUCACGCUUUGAUUUAAUAUUUUUGCUUCUAGACCGGCAUGACAUCAACGAGGAUCGACGUCUUGCUUCCCAUGUCUUGUCGUUGUAUAUGGAUCAUUACGACGAAGCGGUUAAUACAUUUUCAGAUCAGGGACCGUUACGUUUGGUGACUGACAGGCAUAGUGGCAAUGAUGAGGAGAUUACCAGAGAUGACAAAGAGCGCCCCCCAUUGAUCGCAGGAACAGGAGCAAGCACAGGGCGUUUUCCUACGCCAAAGUGCACUUACGUCGAUCCCGCAACUGGUCAGCGAGUGGAGGUCCUCCUUCAGCAUGAGGGCGAGGCUUUUCUACUCGGACCCUCACAGCGCCCGUAUAUGCCUACUGUAAUUCUCUCCAAGUACAUUGCCAUCGCACGUGAGACUGUCUUUCCAAGGCUUACGGAGGCGGCUCACAAGCAGCUCGCCACGUCGUACAUGCAGCUGCGCCGCUCUCGUGGGAGCCAGACCGUCUCUGCUACUCUACGACAGUUAGAAUCGAUGAUUCGGCUGUCCGAGGCUCGAGCAAAGAUGCGCUACAGUCCUGAGGUAUCCGUGGAUGAUGUACUAGAGGCGAAGCGAUUAAUAAGUGAGGCCCUAAAAGAGGCCGCGACGGAUCCGCGGACAGGUUUGAUUAACUUGGACAUCUUCCAUGCCCCAGACCCAACUAAGAAUACCAUGGAAAGCUGCAUGCGUCGCCUUGAGGAGGUCGUGGUGCGACAGUACAUGUCCCGCGGAUUGCAUGCAGCGCCUGUAUCGGAGCUACGGUUGGCACUUAAUGAGCACAGUGGAGCUCUGAAGCCAGUAGGACCGACUCAAUUUAUGGAGUUACUUGCACUUUUAUCGGGUGGUGAUUGUAUUAAAUCUUUUACUCAUACUCUUGUGACAUUUGAGGACUACGAUAGAGUGCAUCACUGA